GAAGUUGCAGUUCUCUGAUAGUCUGUGUUUAGAUAGUUGGAAAAUGACGAACAAAGAUUUUCAAUUCGAGAAUGUUUCUUCUACGAAUGUACUUUUGAUCUUUGCUUAACUUAGUCUGAACUAAAUCGUUCAUUAGUUAUAGACUAAUUGCUUAUUGUAUAGCAAUUACUCUAUUUGUCCUUUUUUGUUUGUCAUUCAUCUUGUUACUGACUAUGAACUUCUUUUUCCAUCUUUUGCUUAAUAUCUUUGUAAUUUACAAGUAUGGCGAUCCACACUGGUUUCAUUUGUUCCUUUUUGGGAAAAUCAUAUCAUGUGCUUAGUAUAAUUUCAACUUUUAAGCUUAUGUUUUAUGUUAUUUUGAGUUUGCUUUCCCUUGGUGAAAGCAUAAUCAAACUCACAAGUUUGCUCAGUUGUUCAGUGGACCGGGGGUAACGAUUUGGUAGAAAAAAAGAAGCUAAUUUCUUGUGUGGUGAAAUCUUAUUCGAAUUUCUUUAAUGGGAUGAAGCAAUUCAGUUCCAUAGAGUGAAGUCAUAAUCCAACACAAGCCUAAAAACUUGUAUAAGAAAUAAUGGGCAAAGGGUUCAACAAAUCUUGCACGUAGACUGCUCAGAAAGAACAAGCAAGCUAAAUUCUGCUCAAAAUAUCUCGGGCAUUGGAGCCAGGAUAUGGACAUCCAGUGGUGGAGUCUGAGGAGCUUCUCGCACAUAUGAAAGUCACGGAAAAGCAAGUGAGUGGGACUGUUUGCACCAGCCGGCAUAGCUGGUUCCGUUAAGAAGGGGAUGGUACCUCCACGAGCUUCUGAUCCUGGUUGGGCUCAUGGAAUUAUGGUCAAUGGGGGUCGCCAGAAGAUUAAAUGCAAAUACUGUAAUAAGGUUAUGCUUGGGGGCGGCAUAUCCAGACUAAAGCAACAUCUAGCUGGGGAAAGAGGAAAUGUAGCUCCAUGUGAGGCAGUUCCAGAAGAAGUUAAGGUGCAGAUUCAACAACUUUUAGGUUUUAAAGUUUUGGAGAAGCUGAAACGGCAGAAGAAGGGUAGCAAAAAUGCAGUAUCAUGCUUUCCAAGUAGGGAAGAAAUAGAUGAUGGGAUACACCGGGUUCAAAAUUCUCGACGACACCCUCUCCGGAGAAAGGCAAAGGAGGUACUGGAAGGAGUUACUAAAGAAGCAAAGAGGAAAAAGAAACAUCUUCCAACAUCUUUUGUCAUUCAAUCCAUUAACCAGAAUACUGUCCAGAUAGAAAGCAUAGAACAAGCUGAUAUGGCUGUUGCCAAAUUUGUAUACCAAGCUGGAAUACCAAUCAGUGCUGUAAGCUCACAAUAUUUCCAACAAAUGGCUGAUGCAAUUGCUGCUGUAGGCCCUGGUUAUAAGAUGCCUACCUAUCAUUCUUUGAUGGGUAUAUUGCUUGACAGAAGUGUUCAGGAUGCUGGAGAAUAUGUUGAAGAGUUGAGAAAGUCGUGGGAGGUUACUGGGUGCUCAAUCUUGGUUGAUAGGUGGAUGGAUAGAACUAGUUCUGUAGUCAUAAACUUUUUUGUCUAUUGUUCCAAGGGCACCAUGUUCCUUAAGUCUGUUGAUUUAUCUGAAAUUUCAGAAUCACCUGAAGGGCUUCUAAAUUUAUUUGACACCAUUGUUCAAGAAGUUGGACCAAAGAAUAUAGUCAAUUUUGUGACAGAUACUUCUCCCUUGUUUAAAGCUGCAGGCAAACUCUUGGUAGAAAAAUACAAGACCUUUUUCUCAAGUGUUUGUGCUGCACAUUGUGUGGAGUUGAUCCUUGAGGAAAUUGAGGAAAUGGAAGAAGUAAAAGAGGUUGUUGGGAAAGCAAAAAGGAUAGUCCAGUUCAUAUACAACAAUGCCUGGGUCCUAAACCAAAUAAAGAAGAGAAGUGGUGGAAGAGAAAUUAUUCAGCUCGCGUCUACCAGAUAUUUCUCUACCUUCUUGACUCUGGAAAACAUUUUGUCUUUGAAAGAGCAUCUUCAUCAGACAUUCACCAGUGGUGCUUGGAUGCAGUCAAAUUUGUCAAAGUAUGGAGCUGGACUUGAGGUGACAAAGAUCAUUGCAGAUCCACUAUUCUGGUCAAAGUGUGAUCAUAUCACAAUGGGAACGAAGCCAUUACUUUCUGUUUUGCAAUUUCUUGAAUCAGAGGAGAAGCCAACUGCUGGAUUUAUAUAUGAUGCAUUUGAAAAAGCAAAGAAUAGUGUCAUGCUUGCUUUCAACCAGAAGGAAUCUUUGUACUUGCCAUAUUUGAAGGCCAUUGACCAUGUUUUACCGAAGGAAUUUCAGAGCUCUCUUCAUGUGGCUGCAUACUACCUAAAUCCAUCAAUAUUCUAUAGUCCUACAUUCUUAUCCAGCAAAGUUAUUCAAAAGGGUUUACUUGAUUGCAUUGAAGCCUUAGAGCCAGAUAUAACAUCCCAGGUCAUGAUUACAAACAAUAUAAAUUUCUAUGAGGAAGCUGUUGGAGAUUUUGGGCGACCAGUGGCAUUACAUGGUCGAGAUUCAUUGGCCCCAGCUACUUGGUGGUCAUUGUAUGGAACUGAUUACCCAGAUUUACAAAGGUUGGCUGUUAGGAUAUUGAGUCAGACUUGCAGCAUUACACGAUGUCGUAAAAGCUGUAGCAUGUUCAAGUAUCUCUAUUUAAAGAAGAAGGGGCUGGAAAAGCAGAAAAUGAAUGACCUUGCAUUUGCUCAUUAUAACUUGCAGCUCCAGGAGAGGAGACUGGAAACUUGUAAAGCAAGGUGCUCAAUCGAUGCAGUAGAUCCUGUUUUUUUGGAAGCCAUUGAUGUGAACAUGGAUGAUUGGGUGGAGGAUGAGCACAAGACGUGGGUGGAUGUGAAGGUCACCAAUCAGGAGACCUUCGUGGAACAUAAAUUGUCCAAUAUGGAUAGUUGUAUUGACUGCACAGAUUUAUUGGCGAAGAGAAGACAGGACAACAUCUUGGAGGGAGCUGUCUCUUUGCAUGGCAGCUUUGAACUCAUCAAAGGUAACCUUUCCGUCACUGUUGGAAUCCAUCAGAUCAAAUAUUUCAUCUAAUUUCCCUGGUUCUGUGAUGUCCAUUGGAAGGCAAU